GUAGCUCAUAUACGAGCAGAAAGAGAUAUCCUGGUUGAAGCGGACGGUGCCUGGGUCGUGAAGAUGUUUUACAGUUUUCAGGACAAACACAACCUUUACCUGAUUAUGGAAUUUCUUCCAGGAGGUGAUAUGAUGACUUUGCUCAUGAAGAAGGAUACGCUAUCUGAGGAAGAAACACAGUUUUAUAUCUCUGAAACCGUGCUUGCUAUUGAUGCCAUUCACCAACUAGGGUUUAUUCACAGAGAUAUUAAACCUGAUAAUCUUCUGCUGGAUGCAAAGGGGCAUGUAAAACUCUCUGAUUUUGGGCUAUGCACAGGUUUAAAGAAAGCUCACCGAACUGAAUUCUACAGAAACCUUACGCAUAAUCCGCCAAGUGACUUCUCCUUUCAGAAUAUGAACUCCAAGAGAAAAGCAGAAACGUGGAAGAAGAACAGGCGGCAGUUG